GGGGAGUGGAGAGUGGAGGGUGAUUUUCCACCUUCGUAGUCACCAGGGGUGCUGUGGUGACUCCUCUUCUGAUGGAGAAGAGAACUUACCUGGUCACCAACAACCUGCCUUUCACUCUUCUGAGAGCCACAUUUCUCACCACUGCCUAGAAGAAUACCUAAGUCAGAGGACUCACGCGUCCUUUCUGCCUGUUUUCUUCCUGGAGCCAGAGGGAGAAAGCUAAAGAUGUAGGGGAAGGAUUCAUAGCAGAAGGGAAGGAAAGAAGGCAAAGGGAAGCAAAACAAAAAAUAGACAUAGAAACCGAGAAAGAAUCCAGGAUGAAAGGGGAGAGAAAGGCCACAGGAAAAUAAAAGGCCAAGGCAGUACAAAAGAGAGAGUGAGAGAAGGAGAAAACUGAGGUAUUGCUGAGGAAAGUUUCUCUCUUGAAGCCCUCCAGGUCCGUGAGUCAGACAUGGCGCAGAGCGUGGAGAGAAGGGCAGGGAGAUCCAGCGCGUGAUCCCGGCCACCCUGGAGUCCAGCCCGAUGGGAGUGCGCGCCCAUGAGGUGAAGGCCGUGGGCCUGCUAUGUUUCCUCCAGCUUCCUCUGGCAAGAUGUGAGGAGAACUGUGUUAGCCCUGAACAUUGUCUGACCACAGAUUGGGUACAUCUCUGGUAUAUAUGGUUGCUGGUGGUAAUUGGCGCGCUGCUGCUCCUGUGCGGCCUGACCUCGGUGUGUCUGCGCUGCUGUCUGAGUCGCCAGCAAAACCGGGAAGAGGAGGGCCAGCCACCCUAUGAGGUGACAGUCAUCGCCUUUGAUCAUGACAGCACCCUCCAGAGCACGAUGACUUCCCUGCAGUCAGUAUUUGGCCCUGCGGCUCGAAGAAUCCUGGCUGUGGCUCAUUCCCACAGCCCCCUGGGCCAGCUGCCCUCCUCAUUGGACACCCUCCCAGGGUAUGAGGAAGCUCUGCACAUGAGUCGUUUCACCGUGGCAAGAUGUGGGCAGAAAGCACCAGACCUGCCCCCAGUGCCAGAAGAAAAGCAGCUGCCCCCUUCGGAGGAGUCUCUGAGAACAGAGCAGCCUUCCAGCUGAUGGGGCCUCUGGUUUCAUUAAUGGUGUGGAGUAUCCCCAGAAUCUGUAAAGAUUCACAGACAAAAGGAACAGCCCCCCAACCCCCAUAACUUUCAGAAGAUUCAGGAUGGCAUCUAAACAUUAUUCAUGGAAAGAUGGGUCACACCUCUUUAUCUCCAUAUCCAUGUACUUCCUGACGGAGAAUGCUGUAGUCAGGAACUCUAGGAUUCUAAUCACCAAGAACCAGGGAAUCAUCAAAGGUAUCUUGAAUUCUUUCAGCUGUUGAGUUCCUGCAUGCAUAUGAUUCUGUGAGUUGCCUUCCCCUCUGCUAACUAAUGGAUGGUCACACCCUUGAGGAGACAUACAAGAACAUGGGUGCAGCUAUAGACAUCAGUGCACAGAAGUCACACACACUCCUCUUGAGUGUAUCCUCAUUUUAUAUUGAAUGACAGUGAUGAUUUUGGAUAUCAUCAAAUAUCUAACUGGACAUCCAGAAUUCAGAGGCGGGACUGAAGCUUUGAGCUAGCAACACAGUAUUGUACUAAAAUUCCAAAUAUCAAGUUCUUUCUUUCCCUUUGGCCUUACCCACCAGCAGUAUGAUAAAUAUGGAAUGCAGUAACAAUUCUAUUAAGUUUUCAAUUCCUCUACCCUGCAAAUACAUGCACAAACACAUACAGACAUGUACAGCCACCACCUUGCUGUUUUCCUUCCUGCUUUGACCAUUUAAAUUCAAGUGUCUGGCAGCACUCCAUCUACCCACCUGUGACUAUACAGGUGCUUCCUUUCACCAACUCUCUCCCUCUGCAGGUCAGCAGCUUCCUGCCUGCCUGUGACCUGUACCACGUCGGGACCUCUCUUUACUGACCUCCCUCAGAGGAGGCAGCUCUACUCAAGGCUGUCCACCCACAACCAUGCAGGCCUCUUAGCAAAUCUGUCUGUCCCUUUUGGGUCAGCUCUUCCUGCCCGCUUGUGUCUAUGCAGGUGUCCUUCAUUCUCUUGUCCCUUUCCCUAAUAAACGUGCUCUUUAAAUAUAAAAACAAAAACAAAAAUAAAUAAAUUCAAGUGUCUGUAGUAACACACCGUAGUCCUGACUGCUGACCUUUACUGCCACCCAGUGGAAUGAUAGUAGAAUGCAGUCUCUGAACGCUGCUGCGCUGCUUUCCACUAGCCUGGAGGGAUUCUGCCCCUGGGAUCACCCUGCUGUGCAGUGCUAAGCUGUCCACAUAACAUUCUACCUCUAAAAUGCGUUGUUGCUGAAAGGCUGAGGAAAUGAAGUGUAUUUGGGACAAAGCUACUGGCCUGUGGCCUUAGGUAGUCACUGAGUCUUUAGAAUACAAUUUUCUCAUCUGUCAAAUAGGGGAAAAUGAUUCCAAGGAUUUUAUGAGGAUCAAAUAAGCUAAAUAUACAUGAUAAGAUUUGUAAAGUAUUGCAUACACGUAUUUGUAUUCCGACUGCUGACAACUCCUUUUCACCCACCAGCUGUGAAAUCUACUGAGAGUUUUGUUCUGAUUUGUCCUUUGCCCACCAGCCUGUUAUGCUUUUGCUAAAUCCCACCCACUGUAGCUUUAUUUCAUUAAUAAAUAUUUGCUGAUUGAG